AACUCAACUUUGAACUUACUCAGUGGGCACAAUAGACAAUGAAAAGAUUUAGAUAUGAUGAUCCCUCUACUGGGUCAUUUUUCAAACGCUACAGGAACUACAUUUCAGCAUUUAUUGGUUGGAAUUUGUUUGGGUAUGUCAUAUGGUCUUACAUGACUAAACAUGCAGCAGCCAGAGACCCAGACUGGGACAAAAAAACACAAAAUGAGAAAAUAGCUUAUAUGGCAGGGGUAAGACCGGAAAACACUAUUUACCUCAAGUACACCUUAUUUAACUUCAACAAAGAAAAGGAGAAUGAAAAAGCAUCUGAGAAAUAAUGUAACUGUUGAUGUAUGGGGAAUGAAAUGCAUCAGACUAUAAUUAAAGUGGGUGAUAAGCUGGGAUUGCAGUACCAUUUUUCACUGCCACUUCUGACCUGGUCCUCAAGAAGUCACAGAAAAUCUAGAAAGUCACUUCACAGACAUUGAACAGUUGAAAGUAGUAUAGAAUUUUCUUAAAAUAAAAUACAUAAAACAAACUAGGUUUUAAUCAAGAUAAUAAAAAGAUCAGCUGUAAAAACAAGCUUUAAAAAGUUCUUUAAAAUAUAUGUUGUAUCACUUCGUAAACAAAAACUUGCCUAAAUCACUUGAUCAUUUAAACCAUAAUGUUGCAGUAAUUGAUUGUAAAUGAUCUAGAGUUGCACAACAGUAGUUGAACUAUGUAAAGAAAACAAACUAUUUUGAUUAGUAAUUCAAAUAUUUAAUGAGUGCUGUGUUGUUAUCAUAUCUACUUGAUAUAUCUUGGUAGUUUUGAAUCAUGUGUAAUAUUUUGACUGUAAAUGUUGUGUCAUAAUGGCGAUUGGAUGUGAAUGCUGUAAAUCUGAUUGUUUUGCAAUAUUUGUGUGAGAAGAGUCACCUAACAGAUAUUCGCUAAAUUUGUAUGAACGUUUUCUUUUUCCUUUAAAAUUAUAUAUAGGGAUACAAAUGCUGUUUAGCACAAAAUAAAAUGCUUAAGAAAUGUUAUAUGUAAAAAUAAAAUUGAAAAUAAAAGCAUUAAUAGA